CAAAAUAACAUGUAAUUGUUAAAUUUAAUAAAGAGAUAUUGAUUUUAAUAAUUAAGUUACUUUAAUUCUGUUAGCGCGUUUCUGCAGUUAGUUGGUAAUCGCAAUGGCUCAAGGGGUAGUAAAAACAGGAGCUUACCAAUACGAAGACGGGACAAAAUAUUAUGGUGAUUGGAAUGCACGGGGACUAAAACACGGUGCGGGUACUCUGGUACUACCCGAUGGAAUUCGAUACGAUGGCGGAUUCCAGAAUGGUUUGUGCUCGGGACUCGGUGUUCUUAUUUUUCCUGAUGGUGCUAAGUAUGAAGGAGAGUUUAUGCAAGGUUGGUUUCAUGGUCAUGGGGUAUUUUGGCGCUCUGAUGGCAUGAAAUUCGAAGGUGAAUUUCGCGGUGGAAGAAUUUGGGGCUUAGGACUUGUUACAUAUAGUGAUGGUUCGCAUGGCUUUCCAAGAAAUGAAGGCUUCUUCCAAGAUUGUCGUUUAGUCCGACGUCGGCGAUGUCCAGAAGUUAUUCUAAAAGCUCAGAAAAUAUCAAUGUUAGCACGAGCUCAAGCAUCUUAGAUUCAAAAUUUAUUAAAUUAGUGAUUUACCAUAAUCUAAAUGCAGAUAAAAAAUUGUAUUUUUUUUUCUUGAAUUGAAUUUAAAAUAAAUUCGAAUUAUUUAAUGUAAAAUAAAA